CCAAACAGGCGCUUAAAACCCCUAAAACCCCAACCCAUUACUCUUCUGUCCGAAAUUUGUUUCUCCUACCCCCAAAGCCCUCCCUUCUCUUCUCACGCUCAAUUGAAAUCAAUCUUCUUCAUGCUAGUUCAUCUCGUACAACAAGCCUAAAACCCUUUCAAAUGAAAGCUUUGAGAGCUUUAAGAACACUCACAACCUUCCCGACAAAACCCCGCCUUCAAAACCCUACCUUUCUUUAUAGACUUUACACCGCCCACCCUCAGCCAACGCUUGUCAAUGAAACUGAAAGUGAUUCUGUUUUUGACAGCUCCCAUUAUUCAAUACCAAGCCUUGAUGAGGCCCACAACGCUGAGAAGAAAGAGCCCACUUGGGACGAGAGAUUCAGGGAGAGAGCUGACAAAGUAGUGUUUGGGAAAGAUACCCAGAAAGCGAAAGUUAGAAUUUUUCAGGAAGAUGAAGAUGAGAGGAAGAAUAGAGUUCUUGCAAGGGCUCUGCUUGAGGCUGCUUUGGUGAAGGAAGAGGAGGAAGAUGAAGAAGUUAAAGAGGAAGAUCAGAGGUCUCUUUCUGUUGGGAUUAUUGGAGCUCCAAAUGCUGGAAAAUCUGCUAUUACUAAUUUCAUGGUGGGGACAAAGGUUGCUGCUGUUUCACGGAAGACAAACACAACAACUCAUGAAGUGUUAGGAGUAAUGACCAAGGGGAGCACCCAAAUUUGUUUUUUCGAUACCCCAGGACUUAUGCUAAAGAAAUCUGGGCUUCCUUACAAAGAUAUAAAGGUUCGUGUAGAAAGUGCUUGGAGUUCAGUUGAUCUGUUCGAGGUGCUCGUGGUUGUUUUUGAUGUCCAUAGACAUCUCACCAAGCCUGAUUCAAGGGUUGUAAAAUUAAUUGACCGAAUGGGUGCCCAAGCUCACCCUAAACAAAAGCGGAUUUUAUGUAUGAAUAAGGUUGAUCUGGUUGCAAAGAAGAAAGACUUACUAAAAGUUGCUGAGCAAUUUAAAGAUCUUCCUGGGUAUGAAAGGAUUUUCAUGACCUCCGGAUUGAAGGGCGCUGGAAUAAAAGAUCUUUCCCAAUAUUUGAUUGACCAGGCAGUUCAGAGACCUUGGUCUGAGGAUCCACUAACUAUGAGUGAAGAAGUUAUGAAGAACAUUUCAUUGGAAGUUGUCCGGGAAAGGUUAUUGGACCACGUACAUCAGGAAAUUCCCUAUGGUAUUGAACAUCGAUUGAUAGACUGGAAGGACUUGCGAGAUGGCUCUCUCAGGAUUGAACAACACUUAAUUACCAAUAAACUAAGCCAGCGAAAGAUUCUAGUGGGGAAGAAUGGCUCCAAAAUUGGGAGAAUCGGCAUUGAAGCUAACGAAGAGCUACGGUCCAUCUUCAAAAGACAAGUACAUCUAAUCCUCCAGGUUAAACUCAAGUGAUGUGCUCAACAAAUAUAAUCAGUCAUCAAGAAACACUCCACCAUCUCUGACUGUACUAUCUGCAUGUGUAUAUAUACAGAACCCCAUCAGGUAUACUUAUACCUGUAAUCUUCUUGUUUCGUUUCCUAAUGAAAAAAGCAUCUAGAAUGAGAGCUUUCACCGGCAAUGAUUAUCAGGGCAACAAAUGAUUUAAGAACUCCAUAUUUUCUGACAAAAUCCCCUAUCUGUGGCUUCCAAAUUAUGUUUUAUAUUAAGGUGGAUUGCUUAUCUUCUUUGAUCUGAA